GAAUCCCAUAAAUAAUAGCUACAAAACCACGGGGUAGGAGUGAGAAAAUGGAAAGAAAAAUAGUAUACUAGAGGGAGGAAGAAGAGGGGGAGGGGAACUGAGAGGAGCAAGACUAGAGACCAAAGUGUGUCACGACACACUACGUCGUGUUCAGACUAAAUCCAUGUGCCUUCGUGGCUGACUCUGACUCUAAGAGGAGAGAGAAACACAACUGCUGCUUCUCCUUCUGUUUCUACUAUUAGAUAACCCCUGCCGACCUCCCUAAUCAUUUAUGAGUGAGAGAGGUGUUGUAUUGGGAAGGUUUUUGAGAUAUUCAUUCAAGCAGGAGUUGAAACAGAGAGGAGGAAACGAAACCCAUUUGUAAAGGUAGCUACUUUGAGGGGGAUUGUAUUGGAAAUGAAGGAGAAGAGUGAGAGUGGUGGGGCAGGUGGGUAUGUGAGGGCAGAUCAGAUAGAUCUGAAGAGCUUGGAUGAGCAGUUGCAGAGGCAUCUUAGCAGGGCAUGGACUAUGGAGAAGAACAAGAGUAAGAAAGAUGAAGGAGAUGGAGGAGGAGGUGGAGGAGUGCAGCAACAGCGGCCCAGCAACGCUGUGACUAGACAAGAGUGGGAGAUUGAUCCUUCUAAACUCAUUAUCAAAGGUGUCAUAGCUCGCGGCACUUUUGGGACUGUGCACCGCGGAAUUUAUGACGGCCAAGAUGUUGCCGUCAAACUUCUUGACUGGGGAGAGGAAGGCCACAGAUCUGAAGCUGAAAUAGCUUCACUAAGAGCAGCUUUUACACAGGAAGUUGGUGUUUGGCACAAGCUUGAUCAUCCUAAUGUAACAAAGUUUAUAGGGGCGACAAUGGGCACAUCAGAGCUAAAUAUACAGACAGAAAAUUCUCAUGUUAGCAUGCCAAGUAAUUUUUGUUGCGUUGUUGUUGAAUAUUGUCCUGGGGGUGCAUUGAAAUCUUACCUCAUAAAGAACCGGAGAAGGAAGUUGGCAUUUAGAGUGGUUAUUCAACUGGCACUAGAUCUUGCACGAGGGUUAAAAUCUAAUACCCUUUCUUAUAUAUCUUAUUUUUCCAAUUUAUAGUUUAAUAGCUGCUUUUUAUAAAUGUGCUGAGGCUUUUACACUUCAAUGGUAUUUUUAAAAUUCUUCUCAAAAGUCUAUGUUUAGAUUACCAUUUUCUAUAUUUUGUAGGUUGAGCUAUCUCCAUUCUAAGAAGAUUGUUCACCGAGAUGUUAAAACAGAAAACAUGCUUCUCGACAAGACACGUACGGUAAAGAUAGCUGAUUUUGGGGUUGCUCGCCUUGAAGCUUCAAAUCCUAAUGACAUGACUGGAGAAACUGGAACACUCGGUUACAUGGCACCGGAGGUUCUCAAUGGAAACCCAUACAAUAGAAAGUGUGAUGUGUAUAGUUUUGGUAUAUGCUUGUGGGAGAUAUACUGCUGUGACAUGCCUUACCCCGACCUCAGCUUUUCAGAAAUGACAUCUGCUGUUGUCCGCCAGAAUCUGAGGCCAGAGAUACCUCGGUGCUGCCCAAGCUCUCUUGCAAACGUUAUGAAGCGAUGUUGGGAUGCUAACCCUGAGAAGCGGCCGGAGAUGGAUGAGGUGGUGUCCAUGUUGGAGGCUAUUGACACUUCCAAGGGUGGAGGUAUGAUCCCAGGGGAUCAGCCUCCUGGGAUCAUA